AUGUCUGGCAACUUUAUAACAAACCCAUUUCCAUCCUCAUUAGAUGGAAUCGAGCAGGUUACUGCCGUGAUCGAGGAAUUUGGCCAAGAUAUCGGAUUUGGACACGAUGUGGAGAACUGUGAAGUUGUAGGAGGUUCAAACAAUUAUGUUGUGAUGUUUUCUUAUAUCCCGGACACAUCUUCAAGACCUGGCAGUCGGGAAAAGUUCAUCUUACGUACCAGGAAGAAUAAGCUUAUUGACACCACAUAUAUGGUUGACGAUUCGACGGCGAGGGCAGUUGCCGUGAUGCACACCUAUGGACAUGGGGGACCCAGUGCAUCUCUAUUGCCAAUACCGGCCAUCUUGGCUUAUGAUGGAACUUGUGACAACCCAAUCAAGUGCCCAUUCAUCAUCCAAAGAAAAGCGGCUGGCAAAACGUUAGAGGAACACUAUAAGAUUCUCAACUCAUCCAUUCCAUCCACUGACUCCUAUGACUUGACGGAGAGAUUGAAGUUUGCCGAGGAGAUUGCAAAGCUCAUUGCGAACAUGGAAAACAAUUUCACGUUUUCGGAGUAUGGUAGACUGAAUGAUUCAGGAGACAUGCCUUCAUCAGAUAUGGACUUUGUUGGUAGCACGAUGAAAAUAUGCAUUUAUGGCACACCCAUCGACACCGACGAUAUGACAAUCUCGACCAAGCCAGACUAUCAAAACUUCAUCAGCAGUUUGGUAGAUGCCUGGACCGCACCUACGACAUCACAUCCAACCCAAGCCUAUCUCAAUGAUUUGUCAAAACUUCGCCAGAUAUUCGAAGAAAUGAGUAAUGCUGGCCUUUUCGGUCGGUAUAACCACACCCCAACACUCUUCCAUCCGGAUCUGUAUCCCAGAAACGUAAUCUUCGAUUGCGUUGAACCCAGAGAUAUUGAAUUAACGGCAGUUAUUGACUGGGACGAUGCUGUGGUUCUCCCUCGUAUCAUGACUCGAAAACCACCAUAUUGGUUAUGGAAUCGCCACAGACUCCCCCCAAGUGAGCAACAAACAAUUAAGCGCCAUUUCUAUGACUAUAUUGAGCGACUGAUUCCUGGGUAUCGAAAUGAGGCUGAUGGAAGAGAAGCCGUACUUCUUCGCGCCCUGAGUAUGUACGCUUUCAGAGGACCUGGAUGGAGGUAUCAUCGGGACUUACGUUUAAGGAUUUGGUGGAAGAAUGGGAGGAUGUGA